CACAAAACAAAAGGCUCCACACCGAUCAAAGAAGAAAAAGAAAAAGAAAAAGAAAAAAGGUUUCGAUUUUGGGAAUCAAAAAUCUUCGCCAGAUUCGAUUAAUCCGCCACUCGAUCGCCAUGGGACGCUUCGACGCAAUCCUGGCAAGAAUCCUAGGGUUCAUCUGCUGCUACCGCUUCUGAAAUCCCACCGAUUCCUCUGUGUACUGGUGAUGAGUUUGAGUUCGUCUAUCCUCCAAUGGCUCCGUCUUCUCCGUAUAUUCUUCAUAUCCUAGUAAUAAUAAUAACUCUCAACUUCCUCGCAAACCCUAAUUUUCAUCGGCAAUUAGGGUUAGGGUUUGCCUCCGCCUCGACGGACGAAUUCUCACUCGAUGAUAAAGAGCUCGUUGAUACGCUGUCGUUUCACGGCGACUACUCGCCGCCGUCGCCUCCCGCGCCCGCCCCGCCGCCUCACCCGCCCUCAGUCUCGUGCGAGGAGGAUUUAAACGGCGUCGGAUCGCUCAAUGCCACGUGCAAGCUCAGUUACAGCUUGAAUUUCACAGAUGACGUGUACAUAGGGGGAAACGGGAGUCUGUAUAUACUCCCAGGGGUGAUGUUGAGUUGUCCAGUUGAUGGUUGUUCGGUUACGGUCAACAUGAGUGGUGAAUUUAGGUUAGGUUUGAAUGCCGUGAUCAUAGCUGGGACUGUUUCUAUAGAGGCCUCGAAUGCAACUUUGUUUAAUGGCUCUUUGAUUAAUGUGACUGCUUUGGCGGGCCCACCGCCGGAGCAGACGAGUGGGACCCCGACGGGGGCCACGGGGGCGGGCGGGGGACACGGCGGGAGAGGUGCUAGUUGUGUGGUGGAUAAUAAGAAGUUGCCCGAGGAUGUGUGGGGCGGGGAUGUGUAUUCGUGGUCUUCGUUGGGAGAGCCGUGGAGUUACGGUAGUAAAGGCGGAACAACGAAUAGAGAGGAGGAUUAUGGUGGGAAAGGGGGUGGACGAAUUGGGCUCGUGGUUAUGAAUAGUAUUGAACUUCAUGGGAAUCUUUUGGCCGAUGGAGGUGAAGGGGGUAUCAAAGGUGGUGGAGGGUCUGGAGGCAGCAUCAAAAUCAAGGCGCCUAAAAUGAGUGGUGGAGGCAAUAUACACGCUUGUGGAGGUAAUGGAUUUGCGGGAGGUGGUGGUGGAAGAGUUUCUGUCAAUGUUUUCAGCCGGCAUGAUGACCCCAAAUUCUUUGUCCAUGGGGGAAUAAGCUACGGGUGUCUAGGAAACUCUGGUGCUGCGGGGACAUUUUACGAUGCUGUUCCUCGGAGACUUAUUGUGAGCAAUCACAACAUGUCCACGGAUACUGAUACACUUCUUUUAGAGUUCCCUAAUCAGCCGCUCUGGACAAAUGUUUAUAUUCAAAAUCAUGCCAAAGCUACUGUUCCUUUGCUCUGGAGUCGUGUGCAGGUUCAAGGACAACUUAGUUUAUCCUGUGGCGCUGCUUUGAGCUUCGGGCUUGUACAUUAUGCGUUGUCAGAGUUUGAGUUAAUGGCAGAAGAGCUCUUAAUGAGUGACUCGGUAAUCAAGGUAUAUGGGUCUUUGCGAAUGUCAGUCAAAAUUCAGUUGAUGUGGAAUUCAAAAAUCCUUAUAGAUGGUGACGGUGAUGCAAUUGUUGCAACAUCAUUGCUAGAGGCCAGCAAUUUAGUGGUUUUGAGGGAAUCGUCUGUUAUUCAUUCGAAUGCUAAUUUGGGAGUUCAUGGGCAAGGGUUUUUGAAUUUGUCUGGACAGGGAGAUGUGAUUGAAGCCCAGCGUUUGGUUGUAUCGUUAUUUUAUGGUAUAAGUGUUGGGCCUGGGUCAGUUUUGAGAGGUCCCUUAGAGAAUGCAAGCAGUAAUUAUGUGACACCAAGACUCUAUUGCGAACUCCAGGAUUGCCCCAAGGAACUGCUUCAUCCACCUGAAGAUUGCAACCUGAACUCUUCACUGUCCUUCACUCUUGAGAUUUGUCGAGUCGAAGAUGUUAGAGUCGAGGGUAUAAUAGAAGGAUCUGUUGUCCAUUUCCAUUGGGUUAGAACUGUAGACGUUCAGUCAUCUGGUGCAGUAAGUGCAUCUGGACUGGGGUGCACUGGUGGGGUGGGCAGAGGAAGAUUUUUGAGCAAUGGUCUUGGUGGUGGCGGUGGACAUGGUGGGAAAGGUGGUAGCGGUUAUUAUAAUGGCAGUGCUAUUGAGGGUGGUGUUGCAUAUGGGAAUGCUGAUUUGCCUUGUGAACUUGGCAGUGGAAGUGGAAAUGAUAGUCUGCCUGAUGCAACUUCAGGUGGCGGUAUCAUAGUGAUGGGUUCGUUGGAGCAUUCAUUGUCAAGUUUGUCCAUUGAUGGUUCACUUAGAGCUGAUGGAGGAAGUUUUGGGGAAAGUUUCAGAAAGCAGGCUGAUGUAAUCACUGCCGACGUUGGUCCAGGUGGCGGAUCAGGCGGAACUAUUCUUUUAUUUGUUCAUACAUUGGCCCUCGGUGAAUCUUCUUCUCUCUCAACUGUUGGAGGACAUGGGGGUCCUUAUAGUGGCGGUGGCGGUGGUGGAAGGAUUCACUUUCAUUGGGCAGAUAUUCCCAUUGGGGAUGAUUAUAUGCCCAUAGCAAGGGUAAAAGGAGCUAUUCAUGUCGGGGGAGGGAUAGGCAGAGGUCAGGACUAUGUUGGGGAGAACGGAACAGUCACUGGAAAAGCUUGUCCAAAAGGGCUUUAUGGCAUCUUUUGUCAGGAAUGCCCAGUUGGGAGUUUUAAAAAUGUUAGUGGGUCUGAUAGAGCCCUUUGUAGAGAUUGCCCAUCCCAUGAGCUCCCACAUCGUGCUGUAUAUAUUUCAAUGCGAGGUGGUGUUGUUGAUACUCCUUGUCCAUACAAGUGCAUUUCUGACAGAUAUCACAUGCCACACUGCUACACAGCCCUUGAAGAAUUGAUAUAUACAUUUGGGGGCCCAUGGUUAUUUGUUUUUAUUCUGGUGGUUCUCCUCAUUUUGCUAGCGCUGGUGCUUAGUGUUGCUCGAAUGAAAUUUGUCAAUGCGGAUGAAUUACCUGGUCUAGUGCCAACAAGACGUGGCUUGCAGAUAGAUCGUUCAUUCCCCUUUUUGGAGUCGUUGAACGAGGUAUUGGAAACAAGUAGAACUGAGGAAUCUCAAACUCAUGUGCAUAGAAUGUACUUUAUGGGGCCUAAUGCUUUUGGUGAACCAUGGCAUCUUGCUUACUCUCCUCCAGAACAAGUAACAGAAAUCGUAUAUGAGGAUGCAUUCAAUAUAUUUGUGGAUGAGAUCAAUGCGCUUGCCGCCUAUCAGUGGUGGGAAGGAUCAGUCUACAGCAUUCUUUCACCUCUAGCAUAUCCACUUGCAUGGUCUUGGCUGCAGUGGCGCCAGAAAAUGAAAAUACAACGCCUACGUGAAUUUGUUCGAUCGGAAUAUGAUCAUGCUUGCUUGCGCUCUUGCCGUUCACGUGCUCUCUAUGAAGGGCUGAAGGUAGCUGCAACUUCUGAUCUAAUGCUGGCAUAUGUGGAUUUUUUCCUUGGUGGAGAUGAAAAAAGAGCUGACCUUCCUCCUAAACUUCAUCAACGAUUUCCAAUGUCUUUGGUGUUUGGAGGAGAUGGAAGUUACAUGGCUCCCUUCUCACUUCACAGUGACAACAUCCUUACUAGCCUCAUGAGUCAGUCUUUCCCUCCUACCAUUUGGUUUCGAUUAGUGGCCGGUCUAAAUGCUCAAUUGCGUCUAGUUCGCCGGGGACAUUUAAGAACAGGUUUUCGUUCAAUUAUGAGCUGGCUUGAAACACAUGGAAAUCCUACUUUAAGUGCCUAUGGUGUACGUGUUGAUCUGGCUAGCUUUCAGCCUACUGCUUGUGGUUAUCACCAGUUUGGACUUAUUGUAAGUGCUGUUGAAGACGGAAGUGUGCAGCCAUCAGUUGAAGGGCCAUAUGUAUCUUUGUUAUCAGAGCAACAGUCGUGCUUACUUGGUAAUCAUGGGAGAAAAGCCGUAGAUGUAUUGCCGCAUAAAAGGGUAGUUGGAGGAAUUUUACAAACCAAAAGCUUACAAACACUUGGAGAGAGGAAGACUCUUUAUUAUCCCCUCUCUUUUGUGCUUCAUAACACCAAACCUAUUGGUCAUCAGGAUCUUGUUGGUCUGGUCAUAUCAAUACUACUGCUGGGAGAUUUUAGCUUAGUCUUGCUUACUUUGCUUCAGCUAUACUCUAUUUCGCUUCUGGAUUUGUUCUUGUUUUUGUUUAUUCUUCCUCUUGGGAUACUAUUUCCAUUCCCAGCUGGAAUCAAUGCGUUAUUUAGUCAUGGAGCCAGGCGAGCAUCAGGUCUUGCACGUUUCUAUGCUCUGUGGAACAUCAUGUCUUUGGUAAAUGUUGUAGUUGCUUUCAUAUGUGGAUUUGGUCAUUAUUCAAGUAAAAAGCAUCCAAACUUUCAGCCCUGGAAUUUUAGCAUGGAUGAAAGUGGAUGGUGGAUGCUUCCUUCUGGACUUGUGCUGUGUAAAGUUAUCCAAGCACGACUCAUCAAUUAUCAUGUGGCUAACCUAGAGAUUCAAGACCGCACAUUGUAUAGUAAUGACCCAGAUAUGUUCUGGCAGUCAUGAAAGGAUUUCAUUGACUGAUUAUAGGCCACCUUCCUAGAUAUUCGUCUUUACGGUCUCUGCAUUUGUUUAAACCUUUGUAAAGAUAGCUGGCAGAAGGGGAGAGAGAGAGAGAGAGUGAGACAGGGAUAGAGCAUACCAUGUAUCCACAGUCAAACGGAAGUGUUUACUCUAACUUUUCAUUUAUAGAAUCUCCAUUUUUUGUGCCUAUUUUAACAAA